AUGGUGUUGUUUCAGAGCUUGAUUUUUUUGCUGGCUUUUCAGCUCUCACAUGUGGCAAGAGGUUCUAUGGUAUGGCUAAAUCAGAAUGGCUAUGAGGAUUUGGUUAUUGCAAUUAAUCCCAAGGUGCCAGAAGAUGCCAACAUCAUUGAAAACACAAAGGCCAUGGUUAAAAGUGCUUCUAAUUACUUAUUUGAAGCUACAAAACAGCGAUUUUUUUUCAAGUCUGUAAAAAUCAUAAUUCCGAAAACAUGGAAGAAAARCACCAGCUACUUAAGGGUAAAAACAGAAUCAUAUAGCAAGGCAGAUGUCAUCAUAGCAGAUCCCUUCUUGAAAUACGGAGAUGAUCCAUAUACUUUACAGUACGGAGGAUGUGCGGAACAAGGAAGAUAUAUCCAUUUCACACCUAACUUCCUACUAAAUAGCAACCUGGUUAAUGUUUAUGGAGAUAGAGGCAGAGUUUUUGUGCAUGAGUGGGCUCAUCUUCGGUGGGGAGUAUUUGAUGAAUAUAAUAACGAUGCACCUUUCUACGUGUCUACAAAUUCUGGGACAGCAAGUGUUGAAGCAACAAGGUGUUCAACUCAUGUCACUGGUGCACCUGUUUUCCGAGAGUGUAACGGAAACGCCUGUCAUAUAAGGCAAUGCAGAUAUGACGGCCAGCUCUAUGAAGCUGGAUGCACAUUUGUACCAGAUAAACAACAAAGUAUCACAGCUUCUAUUAUGUACAUGCAAAGCCUGUCUUCUGUGGUUGAAUUCUGUGACAAAAACACACAUAAUGCAGAGGCUCCAAAUCUGCAAAAUAAGAUCUGCAAUUUCAAAAGCACAUGGGAAGUAAUUACAGAAUCUGGCGACUUUAAAAAUUCCUCUGCCCUGAGCACUAGUACACCUCCUGCCGAAACCACGUUCAGCCUACUGCAAACCCAAGACAGAGCUGUCUGCCUUGUACUGGAUGUUUCUGGGAGCAUGACAACAAGAAACCGCAUCCAAAAUCUCCGUCAGGCUGCAGAUGUAUUUCUGCGCCAAAUAAUUGAAAUUGGUUCCUGGGUUGGAAUUGUCACAUUCGAAUCUACAGCAUAUGAAAAGGCGCCUUUGACACAAAUAACCAGUGACGCAACACGCGUCAGCCUUACUGGAUAUUUGCCUACAAGCGCUGGUGGAGGAACAAACAUCUGCGCAGGUGUGGAGAAAGGAUUUCAGGUGAUUACAAACAAAUUCCAAACUACAUAUGGUUCUGAAAUUGUACUGCUGACUGAUGGAGAAGACUCAUAUGUGUCAAGGUGCCUAGAAAAUGUCAAGCAAAGUGGGGCAAUAAUUCAUACCAUUGCAUUAGGACCUUCUGCAGCUAAAGAAUUAGAACAGUUCUCAAAGAUGACAGGAGGUUUACAGCUUUAUGCUAUAGAUCAAGUCAUUCCCAGUAAAUUAAUUGAAUCAUUCAGUGGAAUUACAUCAGGAAGUGGAGAUAUAACUGAACAAUCUAUUCAGCUUGAAAGUAAAGAUCUAACAGUUGCAAGUAAACAAUGGAUAAAUGAUUCUGUGACUAUUGACAAAACUGUGGGAAAUGACACUUUCUUCGUCAUUGCAUGGAAUAAUUCUCAACCACGCAUUUUUCUAAGGGACCCAAAAGGAAAACAAUAUGGGAACUCAGAYUUCACAAUUGAUACUUCAAACACCAGAGCAGCUAGACUUGGUAUAAGUGGCACUGCAGAGGCAGGAGACUGGCAUUAUUAUAUUGAAAAUGAUUCCACACUAAGUCAAAUUAUAUCAGUAACAGUUACCUCUCGAGCAGCAGCAUCUACUGUUCCUCCUGUGACUGUCAAAGCCUACAUGAAUCAGUUGAACAUUGCACCCUAUGCAGUUGUUAUUUAUGCAGAGGUUAGUCAAGAGUUUUUGCCUGUUCUUGGUGCAACUGUGAUAGCAACCGUAGAGAAAGAUAGCGCUGCAGCAGAAAGCCUUCAACUUCUGGAUAAUGGUGCAGGUGCUGAUACAAUCAAGAAUGAUGGAAUCUACUCCAGCUACUAUACCACCUUCCAAAGCGGUCACAGAUACAGUCUGAAAGUGAAUGCUCGCGGGAGAGACACAACCGUGAGACUUGGCCGCAGACAAAAUCGAGCCUUGUAUAUACCAGGCUACAGAGAAAAUGGUAAAAUUGAGAUGAAUGCACCAAGACCUGAAAUUUCUGAUGAAGAAAUACAAGCCCAGCUGGGAAGUUUCAACAGAAUUGCAAUAAAUUCCUUUGUACCAACUAUUAGCCCAGGAACUUUUCCACCUGGUAGAAUUACAGAUCUUCAAGCUUAUAUAGACAACAACACAAUUUUCUUGACUUGGACAGCUCCUGGGSGCAUCCUUGAUAAAGGACAAGCUGAUCACUACAUUAUAAAAACCAGUGAAAAUCUUAUGGACCUAAGAGAUAACUUCGAUAGGGCUACUGAAGUGAAUACCUCUGAUCUUGUACCUAAGUCUGCUGGUACUGCAGAAAUAUUUACAAUUAAACCCAAACAYCUAACGAUAGAAAAUGGCACUAUAAUCUACAUUGCUAUGCGCGCUGCUACUAACACAAAUCUGACGUCCGAUGUAUCUAACAUAGCACAAGCCACAUGGUUCGUUCCACCAAAAGCAUCUGUGCCUUCAGAUGAUGAAGACAAUAAAGGCGGAGUUAAUAUUACAGCAAUAGUGGCAAUAGUUGCUGGGUGCGUUGUCGUUGUUUGUAUUAUUGUAAGUUCAACUGUAUGUGUUUUACAGAAAAAAAAUAGAAGAAAGGAUCCUGCAAUCAGAAUGUAA